AUGUUCUUCCAAUUCAAUUUCAGUUUGUUUUCUUGUUCCUUGACUCAACCCAUGGCAGAUAGAGACUGGAAAAAUCAAACAGCUGUCACAGAAUUCAUCUUCCUGGGAUUCGGGGAUCUCCCUGAUCUGAAAAUUCUUCUCUUCCUCAUGUUCCUAGUGAUCUACAUCGCAACCGUGACUGGGAACAUGCUCAUCACUGCACUAGUUGUGACGGAUCAGCACCUUCACACCCCCAUGUACUUCUUCCUGGGGAACUUGUCCUGCCUGGAGACCUGCUACACCUCAACCAUCCUGCCCCGGAUGCUGGCCAGUCUCCUGACUGGGGACAGAACCAUCUCAUUCAGUGGCUGUAUCACACAACUGUAUUUCUUUUGUGCUCUGGUGGCUACAGAAUGCUGUCUCCUAGCAGCAAUGUCUUAUGAUCGGUAUUUAGCGAUAUGUAAACCCCUGCACUAUUCAACUAUUAUGAAUACCAGGUUUUGCCUCCAGUUGGCUGCUGGGUCAGGGUUAAAUGGUUGUUUGGCUACUGCAAUCUUUGUAUUAUUCAUGUCUCAUUUAAUAUUCUGUGGCCCGAAUGAAAUUGACCAUUUCUAUUGUGAUCUCAUCCCAUUGAUAAAACUUUCCUGCAGUGACACACACCUGAUCAUAUUGCUGGAUUUCGUACUGGCCUGUGUAUUCACCCUGCCUCCAUUCCUACUAACACUGACAUCCUAUGUGUGUAUCCUCACAACCAUCCUGAGAAUCCCUUCCACCACUGGGAGGCAAAAGGCCUUUUCCACCUGUUCCUCUCACCUCAUCGUGGUAACGAUUUACUAUGGAACCUUAAUGAUUGUCUACAUGCUACCGAAACGCGACACAUUAAACAUCCUAAAAAAAGUGCUCUCUCUUUGCUACACAGUCCUGACUCCCCUGGUUAACCCACUCAUCUACAGCCUGAGAAACAGAGAUGUCAAGGAAGCCUUGAGCAAAGCAGUCAGUAAAUAUGUGGCUUUCACAAAAACAAGCAGAGAAUCCAAGAUUAUAACUUAG